ACAAAGUGUAAUACAAUGUAAAAUUGAAAUAUAAUUUUAUAUUUUUAUGUGAAAACUUUAUAUCAUACUUUUGUGGAGAGUAAUAAAAGAAAUCUUUCAUUAAAUAUGUUGAUUUAUGACGUUUUACAUAAAGAAAAAGUGUAUGAAAUCGUUAUUAACGAUCUCAGAAACAUUGGGAUAAAAUAUCGCUUUAAAAAGAAUGCGAUUAAAACAGAUAAAUUUGAAAAAAGUAAAAAUAUUUCAAAGAAAGUCUUCAGAACACCUUUAUCAUAUCAACCGUUAGAUGUUGUUAAUCUAUCAUCAGGUGGCAUAGUUCAUGUGCCUGUAUUCGUCAGUCAGGCAUCUGCAUUUCUUGAGAAACAUAUAACCCAAGAAGGUUUAUUCAGAAAAGCUGGAUCUCAUAUGAGACAAAAAGAAUUAAUGUCAUACUUGGAUAAAGGUUCUUUAUUGGGAGAAAAAAAUCAUGCAAUCGAUGUUGCCAAUUGUUUAAAAACAUUUUUCAGAGAUCUUCCGGAGCCAUUAAUUCCAUAUACAUACCAUGAUUUAUUUUUACACUGUGCAAUGUUGAAAAACCACCGUGUUCAAGCAUUGUUAUUGGCUUGUGUGUUGUUACCUCCUUAUCAUUUAAAUACUUUAGCAUUUGUAAUGGAAUUUUUUAAAAAAGUAUCUCUCUAUGAGAAACAGAACAAAAUGAGUAUUGAUAAUUUAGCAAAAGUUAUUGGCCCUAAUAUUAUGCCUUUAAGAGAAGCUACUAUGAUGGUAGUUCAAAGUAGACUUCGUUGAAUGCUACUGUUGAAAUAAACAAAGCUAUUUAAACAAUAAUAGAACCAUUGAAAUUUGAUUUCGGUGCUAUUUGCCAUAUUAAUGAAUUGAAACAUUCAUUAUUAUUUCGGGUGAAUCCACCAGCACAUCUUUGCAAUAAUAUUGGAUCCAAAAGAUCUUCGUAUAUCGGAAAUAAAUUUGUAGCAACAUCUUCGGGAAGUCCUGGUUUAUCGACAAACGAUUCCAAGACAUUAGUUGAUACAGCUUGUUGAAAUUUACACCAGGAGUUAGCAUCUUCAGGGCAGAGAAAAUAUCGUGAAUGUUUUAAUGAUGACGUUUUAUGUGGUCUUCCUCCUUAACAAAAAAGGAAGUAAAAAACUAAAGAAUCAUUAUGUAAGAAUGCAUGCUAGUACGAGAGAGCACGAAAAAGAAAGUGAAAAACGAUUAUCCAUAUAAAUCACUGUCCGUCAAUUAGAAGCUGUUAUAAGAAUUCCUGAAGGUUCGGAAAAAAUGCAACUUCAAUCUUUCGCUACUGAAAUUCAUGUUAAUGAAGCUCUCAGACUAUUUCAAGUUUCUACAUUAAAUGCUGCUAUGUCUGGUUCAUUAGCUGGUAAGGUGCAGAAGGAUUUACUUCAGAAGAUCAUGAGAUAUUGUCUCGCAUUGAAAAACAAUUAAAAAAUAGAUUUCCUAUUGGAGAUCAAGUCUCAGAACAAAACAUUGUUAAUGACUGUCUUAAACAAAAAUAUCCAGAACAUGCUAUUUACAAAGUUAUACACACAAUGAUUCGACGUGGAGAGCUUCAACAUCGGAUGCAACGAAAAAUGUUGUACAGGUUAUAUUAAAAUAUAAGAAAAGCUUUCAUUUUAUAAUUAUUUUUGUGCAUUUUGUUCAGUUCUCCAUACAAUUUAUUGUUUUAUUUUUUAUAUAUAAUUCUGUAUUUUUAAAUUAUGUAACAAGAGCAAAUCUCUUGCUCAUGGUGUCAAUUCAUUUUUAAAUGGAUAAAGUGGGUGCUUUUCAACCCUAAAAUAAAGAUCAGAUUGAAAAUAUAUGAAAAAAAUAUGUUGUGCAUAAAUUAUUUUAAAUAAUGAAAUAUUGAAAAAUUA